AUGACCCAUGAGAUGUUACCUGUAUAUCGGCUGGUCUUUCUCCUCCUCGGCUGCUCGAUGCGAUAUUCCCAUUCUGCAACGAGUUCGCAUCACAGGCCGCUUCUGACGUCAACAGAUAGUAUUCUGGACAUCAUCAACACGCAGGCAGUAGAGAGACUAAUCGCCGAACGAAGGCAGAAUGAAUCCAGAUCACCGCCACUUGUUCGAAAUGACUUAGACGAUCUACCAGAAUUAGAAGAUCCAAAUCUAGAUGACGAGUUGUUUGCUGCACGUCAAGAAAUCGCCGCUUAUAAAGGUCACAAAUUGUUGAAGAGUAGUAAGAAUGCUUUGUUGGUCACCAGGAAGGAGUAUUUGAAAAAAGAUUGGUGCAAAACUGAACCAUUAGUUCAGCGAGUGCGUAUGGAAGGUUGUCAACCCAGGACUGUGAUCAAUAGGUUUUGUUAUGGCCAGUGUAAUUCCUUCUACAUACCGCGGAAUCCUAGGCGAGGUAGACGCGGGAGGAAAAUUGUGGAUGAUUACUCCGGCUCUGAGGACGAGGAUGUGGAUUCAGGAACGGCGUUUAAGUCUUGUGCUUUCUGUAAGCCUAAGAAAUUUACGUGGAUCACUGUUACCUUGAGGUGCCCGCAGCUAACGCCUCCGAUGAGAAAGAAACGCGUUCAGAGGAUCAAGCAGUGCAGGUGCAUCGCAGAACAAGUGAAUUGAGAAAUGUUGCUUUAAUGUUAUAUUUUUCCUCACUGAAUGUGAUAAAGUUGCUGUCGCUGACGCCGAUAGUUCGGCGGCAAUAAGCAUAUGCGACAUCUUGUGACCGAUGAAGACCGCCUUUGAUUGUUGUGGUUCACACACAAAUAGUGAAGUGACAGUUGGCGCAAGAUCAACAGAAUUUGACAAUGUAUGAA